CAGAGAGUGUGAGUGUGUGCGGUGCAGCGGCAGCUCGUGCUCUCGGCAGCAGAAGGACAAUCAACACUCAAACUCACCAAAAAAAAAAACCCAACCAGCAGCCACUUCCAGGACCACAGCUUUAACUGCAGUCGGUACACGGCACGUGCCAUCCCUUUUUUUCUUUUAAGGAACCGACAACAACAGAAAACAAGAACAGCAACUUAACGCUGUUUAAGUGAAAGUAACGAUUAAACCCGCGGCACAGGUAGUCAGGCGGUCAGUCAGUUUCUCAGUGAGUCAGUUGGGAGAAUGGCAGACUCGGCGGCGGCCAACAGUGACGGGGAGGACGGACCCCGUCCGCCCAUGCGGGGCUUCGCUCGUCAGGGAGCCCUCCGUCAGAAGAACGUGCACGAGGUGAAGGACCACAAAUUUAUCGCGCGCUUCUUCAAGCAGCCCACUUUCUGCAGCCACUGCACCGACUUCAUCUGGGGUUUUGGCAAACAGGGAUUCCAGUGUCAAGUGUGUUGUUUUGUGGUUCACAAACGUUGCCAUGAGUUUGUCACUUUCUCGUGUCCAGGAGCCGAUGCAGGACCUGCAUCAGAUGACCCGAGAGCAAAGCACAAGUUUAAGAUCCACACCUACUCCAGCCCGACGUUCUGUGACCACUGUGGCUCUCUGCUCUAUGGCCUCAUACAUCAGGGCAUGAGAUGUGAACACUGCAUGAUGAACAUCCAUAAGCGCUGUGUGGCCAACGUGCCGAGCCUGUGUGGAACAGACCACACUGAGAGGAGAGGUCGCCUCCAGAUCACUGCUGAAGUCAAGACUAAUGUACUCACUGUUACCAUCAAAGAGGGUAGGAAUCUGGUUCCCAUGGAUCCCAACGGUCUCUCAGACCCGUAUGUGAAGCUCAAACUGAUUCCAGACCCUCGCAGCGAGAGCAAACAGAAGACCAAGACCAUAAAGUGCUGCCUCAACCCGACCUGGAACGAGACCUUUAAAUUCCACCUGAAGGAGUACGAUAAGGACCGCCGCCUGUCAGUGGAAGUGUGGGACUGGGAUCUGACCAGCCGCAACGACUUCAUGGGAUCGCUGUCGUUCGGCAUCUCAGAGCUCCAGAAGCAAGGAGUGGACGGAUGGUUUAAGUUGCUCUCCCAGGAAGAAGGCGAGUAUUUCAAUGUUCCCGUCGCUCCAGAGGGGGAGGAGGGCAACGAGGAGCUGCGGCAGAAAUUUGAGAGAGCUAAGAUUGGUCCGGGCAAGAACACGGAGGGCAAGUCGGCCAAUGCGGCAUCCCGCUUCGACUCCAAUGGCAACCAAGAUCGGAUGAAGCUGUCUGACUUCAACUUCCUGAUGGUGCUGGGAAAGGGCAGCUUCGGCAAGGUGAUGCUGGCUGAACGUAAAGGCACAGAGGAGCUGUACGCAAUAAAGAUCCUAAAGAAGGACGUGGUGAUCCAGGAUGAUGACGUGGAGUGCACCAUGGUGGAGAAGAGAGUGUUAGCGUUGUCUGGAAAGCCCCCGUUCUUAACGCAACUGCAGUCCACCUUCCAGACCAUGGACCGUUUGUAUUUUGUCAUGGAGUACAUAAACGGCGGAGAUCUCAUGUAUCAGAUUCAGCAGGUCGGCAAGUUCAAAGAGCCGCACGCUGUGUUCUACGCUGCAGAGAUAGCUAUUGGUCUGUUCUUCCUUCAUCAAAAGGGAAUCAUCUACAGAGACCUGAAGCUGGACAAUGUGAUGCUGGACUGUGAGGGCCACAUUAAGAUUGCAGACUUUGGCAUGUGUAAAGAAAACAUAAAUGACGGAGUCACUACCAAGACUUUCUGUGGGACACCAGACUACAUCGCUCCUGAGAUCAUAGCGUACCAACCCUACGGUAAAUCUGUGGACUGGUGGGCCUUUGGAGUUCUGUUGUACGAGAUGCUCGCUGGCCAGCCUCCAUUUGACGGCGAAGACGAGGAUGAGUUAUUUCAGUCAAUCAUGGAGCAUCACGUCUCCUACCCAAAGUCGAUGUCCAAGGAGGCUGUCGCAAUCUGUAAAGGGCUGAUGACGAAACAUCCAGCGAAGCGUCUGGGCUGUGGUCCAGAGGGCGAGAGAGACAUCAGAGAGCACAGCUUCUUCCGCUACAUGGACUGGGAGAAACUGGAGAACAAGGAGGUUCAGCCACCGUUCAAACCCAGAGCUAGGAACCGCCGGGACACCUGCAACUUUGACAAGGAGUUCACCAAGAUGCCGGUGGACCUGACGCCAACAGACAAGCUGGUCAUCAUGAACCUGGACCAGGACGAUUUCCUCGGCUUCUCCUACACCAACCCGGAGUACGAGGCUCCUGCCAAUUAACGCACACUGCGUCACACUGCUGGACUCUGGAUGAAGGCGUUAGAUGUUUCUGAGCAGACGGGAAGGAAAAACUAGCUAAAAAACUAAAAUAACACAUUUUUGUGUGUGUGUGUGUGUGUGUGUGUUCGCUAAAUGUCAACUUUACUUUUUAGGCCACAUCGGAGUCUGAGUCCAAUACUUCAUCACAGGAAAAGGUAUCACUGCACUAUAACUUGACAACAUGGGAUACCAAAGAUUUUGAAGUAUUGUUUGAAACAUUGUUUGGAAGGGAAAAGGCUUAUCGUUUUACAAAAUAGUUUUCUUAGUUUGGCGCUCUGUUGUUAUCUUGUCCCACUGGAAUCCGGCAAACAACUACUGUCAGUAUUUUUACAGGAUGCUCUGUGUUACAUUGUCACACACAGACAGUAUAUUAUUAUUAUGUGUCGUAAAUACAUUCUGUAGGCAAUUUAACCACAGACUUAAGUAGAUUCACUGUCAAAAGCAGCAGAGCCAAUACCAGAUUGAAUGGACCGUUAACCACUGUACUGUAACCUGACACAAGUGCAACGCAACCAUGAAACUAUUUAUCUGGAUAUCUGCAACUUGCCAAAUUAACAUGUCCUUCCUGCGUUAACAGAACAGUAAUGGGGGGGGGGAAUUAAAAUUUCCAUUGAAACUACUUUGCUGUUGCAGGUCAGAUGUGUAUAAAAAAAAAAAACAUUAUUUCUAGGAAACAGGAUCACUUCUCUGCUGUUGUGUAGUUUAAUUUCAUUUUUUUAUGACUAGCCUCUUAAUAUUAUCUUGUGCCGAAUGCAAUAAAACACUGGGGUGACGAAAACGACAAACAACCGUGGGAGAAGCUGCCGUUUGAGAAUGUCUUUGUCUUAAUAGAUGCAGGGAACAAAGAUAAAAAAUAUUUUGAUCAUGUGCUGGAUAUUCUGAAAAAGCUUACAUUCAAUGACAUAUCAUGAUGCCAAGACUUGCAUAAAAAAUCGCAUAGAAGUAAAUAAAAAUACAUUUCCUGAAGCUAACAAGCUGCAUCUACAUGUACAACGUAAGUGUCUUAAGUGUAGUAAACAGGCUUUUAUUCCUCUUAAGUGCAGUAAAUAGGCUGUUACCUUAAAGGUCCAGUGAGUGAGAUUUAGGUGAUUUUCCAUUUGGAAGAAGUAGAAUAUAAAAUAAUGAUACUAAUGUUUUGUUGUCUUCAUUACCACAGGAUUUACCCUUUAUACAGUAUUUACACCAAAACAGGUUUAUAUUAUGCUUGGAAGAGAGGGGUGAGGUGAUCAAUAUUCAGCUGCAACACGCGACUUGCCAAAUCCGACACACUGUAACCUUUAACAUGCACCGUGAGGAGUUUUGUCGACCAGAUAUUUUGUUUACCAGUUACAUGUGUGUGUCUUGACCAUUGUUGCCUGUAACAACCAAGUCUGUAUACUGUCACAGAGUGAGCGUCUCACACUGGGCCAUCAAAGAGGAAUAGGACUAAUAGGCAAACAUCACAGCCUGUCAAAGCUUUUUUUUCUUUCAUCUUUCUUUUGGUUCUUGCCUUCUUCUUUCUCCCUCUCCGUCCCGCUGUUGUCUUUUAUUUUUCUGUACUUCUGACAAGGCCACACUGGGAGCCCGGUAUGACGCCGUGUCACGGGGUUGGCAAUGCAGCAGCGGCCAGUGGAGCAUGCACACGCGCUGUGCAGAUGCACACGCGCUGUGAAUGAAGGACCUGCUCCGACAGCCCACGACUGAGCAAUCUCACAAACUGCAACUCUGCUUUUCUCAAUUAUUUUCUUUGCAACUCCUUACCCAAAUCUGUGUGUCCUUGAAAGGAAACAUGUGCAUAGGUGUGUAUGCAUGCAUGUAUGUAUGGAUGGAUGUAUCAGCUGACAAUAUCUAUAUGUUAGAAGGUGUGUGUGCGCGUGUGUGUGUGUGUGUGUGGGAGAGAGCAAGAGAAAUGAUUGAAAAUUCUGCUCAAAUUCUGCAAAUCUGCCCUUCCACUAUCAAAACCACAUUAUAUUGGCUAUAAUGCCAACUAGCUCAGUGUACCACACACACACCCAUGCACUCAGCAAUAUUGUCUAAUCCAUGACUGAGGGUUGGAAUUAUUAGGUGAAGCGUAACAAGGCGGACAAUGACUGUGAAAUGUUUGCUCCUGGAGGCACACAAGACAUAUACUGUAGGUCCAUUACACAGGCCUAGAUUUCUCUUUAGUCGACUCACACAGUAUUCUCUCCUUCAUACUAUACGCAGCAGUAUAUAUAUAUAUAUAUAUAUAUAUAUAUAUAUAUAUGUUUUUAUAAACGAGUACACGCAGAUUAGAAAAGAACUAUUUGACUUUUUGUGACACUCGGUCUGUGACUCUUCUGCCAUCCCGCUUGUUGUUAGAUAAUGUACAGAAUAAUUAUCAGUGUAAUGUAAAAUACAUAACUAUAGUUGUAUAUCAUUCAGGUCAAGGGUGUAAAUACAGUACGUCCUAAAGUUAACCACGCCUACUCUUAACCCUGAAGCAUCUAAAAGCACUCUACAACUGUGUCCCCCUGUGUGUGUGUGUGUGUGUGUGUGUGUGUGUGUGUGUGUGUGUGUUUGAGGGCAGUGAAUGAAUAAGCGUGUGAUGUUACAUGCAUGUACAGUCAUUCAGAUAUGUUAACUAUUGUUUAAGUUAGUACAAGUCGUAAAAAGCAAAUCAGUCUUUUCUGGUAAGGACAAAAGCUAACUGUACAUAGAUUCACCUGACACACAUCGACAUUAACGCUCACACGGACGCUGAUAAAAUCGUCACUCACUAUUUGUUAUUGUUUUGCUUUGAAAACUUCAGGUCAGGAUUUAAAGAGGAAGUAUACUAUGCAUGCAAGUGAUGAUUGCUCUCUUUAUUUUUGUUCCUUAUAUGAUAUGGAUUUGAUUCUAUUUUAAAUGUCGAUUGACGGACUGGUGUGUGAUAAUUACUCGGUUAAUGACGUUAAUAGGGUUUAUGAUAAACGUGUGUCUCCUGUCACUGUCACUUAUUAGUUAGAUGCAAAACGAGGACCGUGUUCGUCUGUCAGGUGUACAAAUGUAAAUAUUGUUCAAGUCUAUAGAAGUAAAAGUCUUCCAUUUUCAUUGUUGCUUUUUAGUACAGUGUGUUUAUGGGUAAAACAUGUAUGUAAAUAGAUGAGUAACAUUAGAAAAGUGUGUCAUGACUGAAAUAUGCUGACAUCAGAGAACAUCCCACAUUUCUACAGUUGUUAUGGCUCCUCAGGAUGGACCAACUCUUUUUUCCCCCUCCGUUUCUUUCCCACCUUUUCUCUGUCUCCUCUUUUCUUCAUCUAUAGCUUUACCCCAUCUUAACAGGCGUCCCUUCUGACUGUUUUACCCUAAGCUAUUUUUUUUCUUUAUUGAAAUCAGUGGUCCUUGACUCUGAAAUGUGACGAGCUGUUGCCGUGGUACAGUUGACGGCCUUGAGUUGAUCCCUGCUUUAAUUACGGCCGGGCUUAGGUUUGAUACAAGUAGAUGAUUAGAUGAGUGUUUUUAUGUGCACACGCCAGUGAAGAUGCUACAAUGAGGAGUUAGGAUGUGAUUUGUCAGAUUAGUAUACGAACAAGAAAAUGUGUAUUGUGAUGUUUUUCGACUGUAGAAUAAUAAAUCAAGGAAAUGUGCUUUUGAACUGA